GGUGAUGGCGACACGGGCAGAGAGGACUCCAGGCACUACACACCCUUGUCCAGCGCGCUGCCCGAUGUGGUGGAGAACCCGCCGCCGGCACCCAGGUUUACCAGCGGCGCCGUGCCGCCACCCAAACCCCCUAGGCUGUUUUUGUUCCGUACCCCAUCCACCAACUCAGGAAGGCAUCCAGACGCGAACCAGGACCAAACUGAAGAAGCCACUUACAUGAACUGUGAGCGAGUGGCGGAACUCAAAGCACAGAUUCAAGCCUUCUCCUCGGACUCCUCCAAGUCGGAUGGCCACGGCGACAGCUCAGGGAAUGAGGCCGAGAGCAAGAACGCAGGGGAAAACAACAACCUCGUCAGCAAAGCUCCUUGCACGGGAGAGCAAAGACUGCACCACGAUAGCCUCGCCAGUGAAGGACACGAAGAACCACUGACCGCAGUUGUACAGAGAGCAGCAACAGAUCCUUCUAUACAGACAGCGUCUUCAGCCCAAGGCGCUGACGUUGAGGAAAAUACAGCAUCCAUUCCAUCGACCGCGCAGCAGCCGACGUCGCGGCCCGAAGUCUCGGCUCAAAGGCCUAAAAUCGUGACGCCAGAGCUGCGUGCGAAGAGACCCGGCCGAGUGCGUCGACGGUCCAGCGAGAAAGGGGAGGUAACUCGCCAGCGUCACAUCAUGAACAAUGUCGGGGAGUUGCUCCGGCAACGGUUUGACCCUUACCCCAUGCUGGGCAGGCUGAAGGACGCUGGUCUGUUGAGCGACGUGGACAUCCAGACGUACGCAGGGACACGGGAUCGACGCUCGGUGUGUGAGGGUUUGGUAGAUUUGAUGGGAGAUGGUGAACCCGAACUCAUUCCUGCAUUCUGUGAUGUGCUAGCGACUUCUGGAGCUUCCACUGAGAUCCUAGAGGUCCUCCAGGUGAUGCGGGAGAUGGACCGCAUCAUCAACGAGGUGCAGUGCAGCGCCAGCGAGAGCUCUGUGCUGGAGGAGGAGAAGAACGUGACCUUUGACGUGGGCUACCUGGCCCCUGACCUUUCCCUCAAGCCUCUGGUGGAGCUGGAGCGUGUGCGGGCCAGUGGGGACAAGAGGCUCAGCAAAGCGUCCUCCCGGGCAUCGGCCUACUCCUUACUGGAGGGAGACUCCGACUCGUGUCGCAACGGCGAACCGGGGGCGUACCCGGGUCUGGUGAUGAUGAGUGUGUGCGUCACGGGUCACGACCUCUCCGGACGAAGGGCCGAGGCGCUGGCUCAGAUGGUCAAGUCUCACAACUGCAUCAGUCAGCUGCACCUUGGCAAGACGCAGCUCUCGGGGGUGGACAUAAGCGUGGUGGCGAAGGCGCUUCAGGAGAACAGCACUGUGCACUCUUUGGACUUGCGUCUGAACGUCGUGGACCAGGUCGGGGCGGACUCGCUGUCCGAGCUUCUUCAGAAUACGAAAUCCCUACGCAACCUGAAUCUCUCUUCCACCAGCCUCGACCUGGCAGCCAUCAAGACAAUCACCUCAGCCGUAGCCGCCAACCGGACUCUGGUCGACCUUGACCUGAGCUUCCUGGAGAUUAGCGACGAGAGCUGCUCCCACCUGCGAGAUAUGCUGAGGUCCAACUCCAGCCUGCAGAAGCUCAGGCUGAGGAACAACAACAUCACGGCGCCGGGAUGCUAUGCGCUGUCAGAGGGUCUGGCGAGGAACAGAAGCCUCUGUGUCUUGGACCUCAGUAGGAACACCAUCGGCAAUGAAGGCAUGCAGGCGCUGGUGAAGUUCCUCCCUGAGUCCAGCUGCAGCGAGCUGUGUGUCGAGAACUGUGGCCUGACCAGUGGAGCCUGUGACAGUCUGGCCGAGCUCAUCACACACGCCAAAAAGUUACGCCAGCUUGAUCUGAGCACCAACUUGUUGUUGGACUCGGGCAUCUGCAAGCUGGCUCCUGCCUUAGAGAGGACCUCCUCUUUGCAGAUACAGACUGAGGAUAGUGACCUCCUCCAAACCCAAGCUGAAAAUCUUGUUGUGGGGCAAUGCAUUUGAGAUGUCUUAGACUCCCUCACCUGCUCAUGGGAAGUGCUGAGUGAGGGAGACCCAAGACACUGACUACUCACCCUCCUGCGCACAGUUCUUCAUGAUUUUAAAGAUUUUAUACAUAAAAAGAGGCAACAACAGAUUGUGAAAACUGUUUUGAGCAAAACUCCACAUGGUGGUGACCUACGUAUUGUCCAUGACAUGUGGUAAAUGAUAACCAACCUGGGCAGCUGUAGUGUGAAAGCUGAGAGGACAACGGGUGAAGGACUUGGACUUCAGUACCAAUCUCAUUUUUUGCCGUUUUCAUCCUGUCAGCAGUGUUUGAUGGCUUUUCCUUGCACUUCAUUUGAGAGUCAACAAGUGGGAGUACUAUCACUCCUAUAUUUUUCCCACAAUCGAUUUUAUGUUUUAUUUUUUGUUCUUGAGGUUCUUGUGUUGGACACUGGAGAGGACGUUUCACCAUCACAGUUUGUCUUAAUUCUGUCACUGUGUUUUUUAUUUCUUCAUGACAAUCAUGUGUGGGUGACUUAAUGAGCUGAACUCAAGACUUCAAGGGAUGAAACAAAAAGUCUUUGUGAUCUCGAGUUUGAAUCUGUUUUUCUGUAUUGCCCUUAUGCUGUAUAGAUGUAUGUGUGUCUUGUGAUAAUACCAUGCAUGUGAUAAUGCUGUAUGUGCGCAAAGGGCCAGCUACCUCUUAAUGUGAACUUUUUUUCUUUUAUCUGAUGUGAUAGUGUCAACUUUGCAGAAAAAUGAGUUUGUUUCUGGUUUUUUAAAAAGAAAACAUGUGGGUAAAACCUUUAAGGUUUUUAUUUUACUCGAUUGUUGGCGUAGUGUUAGGUUUUAACUUGAGGAAUGAGAUAAACUGUCCCAAGGAAUUGCUUCUGCAAAAAAAGGAAUAGUAUGUAUUAGUUAAGUUUACCUCAAAGUGACUAUAUCUAAACGGUGUCUUUGAAUCGCUUGGUGCAAACUCACCUAUGGACACAAGAGUUUAGUGCAUUGUUGAAAGAAUUAUAUUAACCACAUUCCCAAUCUGCUGUCUUGUGGACAUCCAAGUCUAAUUCUUCACCUCAUUUGCAUGGACACACAUUCCUUCUUUUGUGAUGCUGAUUUGAGGUCAACAUCUCUACUUUUUUUUCUUUAUCCAUUUUCCCUUAUCAUGUAAUAUUUGGAUGCCCAUAUCUAUUCCUUGUGUCACCCAUUAUUUGGACUAUCAGUUUAUAUUUUUUUUGUUUUGGUCCUGUUAACACUUGGAAGUCAGGAUGAUGAGAUGGAUUAUCGUGUUCAGCUGUAUGCACAUACUAGACUACAGUCAGACCUCUUUCUGUCGCCAACUCUUUCCCACCAAAAUCAACAUUUCGGUAAGGUGUUCUGAAGGGGUCUUCAUACAUUGGUAGAAUUUGUCUGUCUCAUUUUAUUUUAGGCAUCUUCCAAGUUUUAUUUUAAUCGGUUAAACUUAAAAUCAUCAACCUGUUCAUAUUGGCAAAGACCUAAACUAUCCGCACAUUUUCAUUGUGAAGACUUGCAAAGAUUUAGUAGGUCAUUGCGUUGAAUUAAUAUAUGUCUUGGGUUGGAUUUUAUUUUCAAUUGCUGUAAGUAUGUGAGGGUUCUUUUCCUUCACCAGAGCAAAAUAUGUCAAUAUGACCUAAUCCAAUUCUGUGAAGUGGCUGCAAACACUGUAGUUAGAGAAAACAAGCCUUGCUGGAGCACACCAUCUAGAGCUCAUGUGUCACUGUCGGUCACAGUGUCCUUGUACAAGUACAUUGGAAUGUCAUUCUUAAUUCUAAUUCUAAAGUUCUCAGAGGGAUAAAAUGAUACUUGUACUUUUUAGUCAAACUUGCAAACUUGUGUAUACCCAUGGUGUGCCUUUCAAACCGGGUGAGCAAAUUUGUUCUGUAGUGCUUCAGGUCAUUGUCGGUAACAGGUCAACAAGGCUGUUCCUUUUCAAGACAUUAAUGGACAAAGAGUGCCAUAGCAUUCACAGUGGUAGCACAACUUUUUUUCGCUGCCACUCUUCAGUGCACUUGUUGUAUGCGAAGUUAAAAUGUGGGCUUCAUGAUGUGCGGCAAUAUGAUGAGGUUUGACUGCAGUUUGUUCUCAACAAACGAUACACAUGGCCGUGGAAAGGGACCAGAGAUUACUAAACGUUCUUUCCGUCUAUUGUUGUGUAUUGUGUGAGGGGCCUUAACCAGUACAUGUUUUAGGGCGGAUUCUUUUUUUUUAUCUUGAGGACUAAAACAAAAAGUAAUUUACAUCAAAUUUUUAAUGUCCAAUUGCUGGUUUCAUUUCUGUUUUGUUGUUCACUUGAAGUCAAGUAACAAUAAGUAAUAAUCUUGCUGUUGACGUGAUAAGCAUCUUUUAGUGAAGUCUGUGUUGGGGUGCACCACUUGGACAUAUUCAUAAAACUUAAUGACAGCAUGUAGGCUCUUUGUUCUCAUUAGUUAAUUUUUAUUUUUUAAUAGUUUUUUCCCAAUGAGUUCAAUUGCUUGUACUAGGAUUUCCUAAAACUUUUACUUGCCAUUUUGUUGUCUAUGUUGUUUCAUAUCCUUGUGGGUAACAUUCCUCAUUUCUAUCUGUGUGGGACAAUUUUGUUCUGAUAGCAGUGCUCUUCUACCAUUUUCUUAGGAAAGCUGUCCCUGACUUGGCAAGGACAAUUUGAUAGGUUACAUCAGAAUGCUUUUCUUUAGGGGAUGCUGGUGAAAGUUUUGUAUACUUUUCACAAAGAGUUCAGUAUCUUAUAAGGUUUAUCUGAAUGCAAUGCUGCCAAACAGAAUUUCUUAGUUUUCUUUUUGUUUUUGUUUCAAUCAGUAUUGUUUCACCCAAUCUGCCUACUAAUUGUUCAUAAGCUGGGAACUCCAUAAAAAUGAAUGCUUUAUCCAUUGGAAAUGCAUGCUCUUUCAAUGAGAGUAAAGUUUUGACUAGUCACCUUGAUGUCAUAUUGCAUGUACAUGUAUUAUUUUUUCUCAAGAGUGUACAUGUAAUGUGUAACCCUGAAAGGCCGA